GUGGACCGCCCGCACAGAGACCAGUUUCCGGAGUCAUCCGUCCCACCUUGAAGAGAAUGGAGAUGGCGGGGGACGCCGGGGACUCGGAACCCGACGAGAUCCGGGCUCUGAAGCCGUGUCUGCUGCUCCGCAACCGCAGCCGCGAACAGCACGGCGUGGCCGCGUCCUGUCUCGAGGAGCUGAGGAACAAGGCCUGUGACAUUCUGGCCAUUGACAAGUCCCUGGCACCAGUCACCCUGGUUCUGGCAGAGGAUGGCACCAUAGUGGACGAUGAUGAUUACUUCCUGUGUCUGCCUUCCAAUACUAAGUUUGUAGCGUUGGUUGGUAACGAGAAGUGGGCGUACAACAAUUCAGAUGGAGGGACAGCUUGGAUUUCCCAAGAGUCCUUUGAUGCGGAUGAGACAGACAGUGCAGCAGGGUUAAAGUGGAAGAAUGUGGCCAGGCAGCUGAAAGAAGACCUCUCCAACAUCAUCCUCCUGUCAGAGGAGGACCUCCAGGUCCUCAUCGAUGUCCCAUGCUCCGAGCUGGCCCUGGAGCUGUGCCAGAGCUGUGCCACUGUCCAGGGGCUGCAGGGCACCCUCCAGCAGGUGCUGGACCAGAGGGAGGAAGCCCGCCAGUCCAAGCAGCUCCUGGAGCUCUACCUGCAGGCUUUGCAGAAGGAGGGCGCCAUCCUGGCCAAGCAUCAAGAGUCCAAAGCCGGCUUCAGCGAGGGGAUGGACACGAUCGAUGUGGGCGUGAGCAGGGAAAGCUCGGGAACCGCGCUCGGAAGCCAGAUCCUCACUGCACUGAAGGAGAAGCCUGCCCCAGAGCUGAGCUUGUCUAGCCAGGACCUGGAGUUGGUUGCCAAGGAGGACCCCGAAGCAUUGGCCGCCGCUUUGAACUGGGACAUACAGAAGACAGAAGCUGCCCAACAGGCCUGUAGUCAGGAACUUGCCCUGCGCCUCCAGCAGAUACAGAGCUUGCGCUCUCUCAGGAGCGUGUCGGCCAGGAAGAGUUCCCUGCCUGGAGACCUGCAAAGCCCCAAACGGGCCAGACAAGACCCCACCUAGCCCACAGCGGCCAGAGGCACCCUCGACUUUGUUCUUUGUUUUCAGGAAAUCCCAGUGGCCUGGCAGUGUUUGCUGCUUGCACGCUCCUCCCCCGGCCGCAGCCCCUUCCGGAAGGCUGGCUCAUGCCCCCAACAGCAAGUCCGGACCCAGCGGAUGGCUCCUGACUCGCCUGCGUGACACCGCGCAGCGGCGACGCCCCGCUCUCCUGUGCCUGCGUCCCCCCCUUGUGAGCACUGGUGAGGGCAGAGAAGGGCAGUCGCCCUGUUGUGCCCUCCGGAUCCGGCUCUGAGCACAGGACCGCGAGACAGUGCGGGGCGGCGUGGGCAUGGCGCAGCCGCGUCCCAGGGAGUGUUUGUGUGUGUUUAAGGGGCACGUUAAGCUCGCAGCCACAGGUACAUCCGGAGGGUCUGAUCCACCAUUUCCAACACCGCCUCGGUGCUGUGAGGCUGCACGUUACCACUGUGAAACUCCAGCCCUCCAGCCUUCCAGCGCUUUGCGGCCGGGGUCUACUGGUCAUUAAACUGAUUUCCAUGAGA